CUCCUGGUAGAACCUGGAUUGAGGACUUCGCUUGCUUGAACCCUCAACCUCAGUCUGGCUCCUAAUCCUUUCUGGAGAAGGCAGGGGAGGUGGCGGCUAAACCUCUGGCUUGCGCAACCGCAGAAUGGCGGGGGAGAGGGGCGGCAGCGAUAUUAUAGAUUGUGAUGACCGGGAAGACAAUUUGUGACCACACUUCCACUGGUUAGGUCAAAGUGCAGCCUUCUGUGAACUACUCCCCCGAGGGAAGGAGAGGAGAAAAAAACUAUGAUGGGCCAACAGUUAAGGACCACCCAGCCUUCUGGGCCCUCCCCCCAUGGCUAACGGAAAACCUGGUGAUCCCAAGUCAGUUUUCCACAGGGGUCCUCCAGGAUCAAGGGGACCAAUGAUUCCACCACUGCUGAGUCUCCCACCUCCUCCCCGGGGUAGAGGCCACAUUCGGGGAGGCCUUGGUCCUCGGUCUAGCCCAUAUGGUCGUGGUUGGUGGGGUGUCAAUACUGAACCUCCUUUUCCUGGGCCAGGCCAUGGGGGUCCUUCUAGGGAAAUCUUUUACCAAGAGCCAAGAAAUCCAAGAAGGCUCAAAAGCUGGUCUCUUGUCAAGAACACCUACCAACCUAAGGACAGCCCCCAGAUGAUGGAAGACAAAUCUGACCGCCCUGUCUGCCGACACUUUUCUAAGAAGGGCCACUGUCGAUAUGAAGACCAUUGUGCCUUCUACCAUCCAGGCGUCAACGGACCUCCUCUGUAAGACUGUGCCUUCCCACCCAGGCUGGAAGGAGCCCUCUCACCUAGUGGCCAUGCAUUCUCUGUGGCUCCAUUAUAGCUACUUGAAGGCUCUUCUGUCACCUUCAGGCAGUGGCACGUCCACCCCUUUCAUCAUCUCUCCCAUUUGGGGUCCAGAGCUGUGACUGUCACUGGUGCACAGUAUACACUGUCCUCUGAUCCAGGCUGUAGAGACCUUCAGGACCCCAUCUUGCUACCUUCCACUGCCUCCUGGAUCUUCCCCUCUGCCAAAUGACUGCUCCACAGGAAACCUUUGGUGCUGUUUCUUGUGCAUUUGUCCACCUCUCCCUCAGUAUUGCCCUCAGUUCCCAAGAACCCUGGAGCAGUCUCUUAUCCUCUAGCUGCUUGUUUUAAGUCCUUUCACGUAAAACCCCAGUGUUUGCAGCUGCCAGGAAGUGCACUAGGUUUUCCGGCUUGAGGUUGAGUUUGAGUGACUGGUACAGACUUGCUCCCUAAACAGCCUCCACCUGCUUUUGGACGUCCUAGUUUCUGUCCGUAGCAUGAGCCCCACCGCUAAGGCCUGUGGUCACUGUGCUUUGUGAAACUGUACGCCCCUUGUAGCCUUCCUCAGUGUCUGUGGCGUUUUUUGUGACUUCCCAACACUAGAGUAAGUUUUUCUGCCAAAUCAAGUGAGGCUCUUGGUGCCCUCUAGAGUUCACCUACCUCCCAACACGGGAGGAUGUGAGACAUCUUCAGACUGCCUCCCCAUCGUGCCCUCCUGUUCUGUGCCCUCUGGUAUUCUGGGUCUGACACAGGCCAGUGAUGUCUUGGAAAGCUUCCGACGGGCCUCCCCACACAGCUCCUGCCUGACCCGUUUUAGUUAGGCUGUCAUUGUGAGGCCACCGGCCCUUUGAUUUGACUUUGUGAAUCUCCGCCUGUCUCUGGAUGGAACCUGAACAGUACUGUCUGUCACCUCUCUGACCCUCUUACUUCCCUCACACUGGGUGUUUUCUGUGAAAACAGCAGUGAACAUGUUGGGUUUUGAACAGGCCCUAAGGAAGUGGGUCAGGAGGUAUGUGUGCAAGAGGAGAGAGCGCGCUAGAACUAAGAAUGAUUUUGUUUUCUUUUUAAUUUUUUUUAUAUUAGUAAUAAACACAGUGGAAACCGG